AUGGGGUCGGACCCCCUCUUGCGGUCAUCUGAUUGGCUCGGCCGUCUCGUCUUAUCGACCUUCCCGGCGUCAUCGGCCCAGGGACCUGCUUCUCCUCAUCUCACAAGCGCAGGACAUCACCGUCUUGCUUCAUCGAACUCCUCGCCUUUAUUUCAAUUAUCAACUAUCUUGCGGUAUCAUCAAAGUACCCCAAGGUACCCGCUCAUCAUCACCAACUCAUCAGCAUCAUUCUUGCUGUGA